CUUGCACUGACAUUAUUGCCGUGAUCCUUGUCAGCGACGGACGGCGGCAAUGGCCACGCGAUCACCGACAAAGCCAGGGUACCCCAUUGGCAAGGUCGCCUUUAUCGAAGGCUACAAGCACGUGAACGGUCGCCCUCACGGACCAAGACACCCAGCAGAAGAUAUCUUCAACUCGUCGCAUCGACAAACCCAACACAGACUCAUCGAACACUCCGGCCCUCCGCGUGGCGGCGCCGACACGGCCGUCGCGACGGCAUCGGGCAUCGACCCACGUCUGAUACGCAUCUACCAUGAAAUCGAAUCAUGUGUGCAAGGGAUUCAAGCUAUUCGACAGCACUUGGACACAAUGGCUGUCGUCGACAACAAAUUGGACGCGUAAUUGGAACUUUUAUUUGUACUCCUAUGUAGUACUUGCUUGGGAUGACAGCACGUUCUACCAAAGACAGUAAAACCAUCGCACCCAGAUGCCAAUCUAC